AUGGGGGCGCACAGCGAAGCCUCGAGCACGGUGCUCGAGGAAGCAAGCGACGUGGAGUCGGACGGUGUGCAGCGCGCGUUCAAGCUGCUGGGGCACCUGCAGCGCGAGAACAAGCAGCUGGCUGAAAAUUUUGACAACCUGGCGGCCGCCCACUCGCAGCUGCAGACACGGCACGACGCAUUAAAGCAGGAGCGGGUGGACAUAGAGCGGCAGUACCAGCAGCUGUGCGAGUCGUGGCGGCAGGAGCUGGAGCAGAAACAGCGGGAGUUUGACGCUGCGCUGGCGCGCGCCGCGCCGCCCCUCGACGUGGAUCUGAUGCGGGCGCAGCUGCUGGAUGAGGUGGAGGCACCCCACAGGGACAAGUGCGAGCGGCUGGCAAAGGAGGCGGAGGCGGCGCAGGAGGCGUUUGUGCGGCUGCGGCGGGAGCACGAGUCGCUGCAGAACGCCCACAAGGCCUUAGAGCAGCGCCGCGCGUCUGAGCUGCAGCUGGUGCGCCUUGAGACAGACGCGGCCGAGGCGGCGCUCGGGAAGCGCCUGGCCGGCCACGCGCAGCUGCAGGAGCGCGCGGCGUCCCUGGAGCAGCAGCUGCGCGCGGCGCGGCGGCAGGGCGAGGAAGCGGCGGCCGAGCUGCGGCGCGCGCGGGAGGAGGCGGCGGAGAUGCGGGCCGCCAAGGAGGCGGCGGUGGUGGAGCGGGAGCAGGGGCUCGCGCGAGGGGGGCGCGCGGUGAAGCAGCUGCAGGCGGAGGCGGCCGACCUGCGGGCGCUGUCCGAGGGCCUGGCCCGCAAGGCGCGGCACCUGCAGGGGGAGCUAGACGAGUCAACGCGCGCCCAAGAGGCGACCCAUGGCCAGCUCCUGGCGCUGCAGGCCGCGGCAGCGGCGUCCGAUGCGCAGCUCGCCGACGCGCGCGCGGCGGCGGCGCGUGAGCGCCAGCUGGCGGCGGGGCGUGCGGCGGCGGCGGAGCAGCAGUGGCGGGACAAGGUCGGGGCGCUGCUGCAGGAGUGA